AUGAUGUGGUCCAACUUCUUCAUGCAAGAGGAGGAGCGGCGGCGCGGGGCCGCGAGCCGGCGGCGCGCGCAGGGGCCCGGGUCGGGGCUGGCGCCCGAGCGCGAGAGCAAGGUCAAGCUGGCGCUGCUGCUGACCGCCGUGGGCGCCACGCUGGCCGUGCUGGCCGUGGGCACCGAGUUCUGGGUGGAGUUCAACACGUUCAAGGCCAACGGCAGCGCCGUCUGCGACGCCGCGCACCUGGGGCUGUGGAAGGUGUGCACCAAGCGCCUGUGGCAGGCGGACGUGCCCGCGGGCAGAGACACCUGCGGCCCCGCGGAGCUGCCCGGAGAAGCAAACUGCACCUACUUUAAAUUCUUCACCAAGGGGGAGAAUGCACGCAUCUUCCAAAGAACCACAAAGAAAGAGGUGAACCUGGCAGCUGCGGCGAUAGCAGUGCUGGGCCUGGCAGUCCUGGCCCUCGGGUGCCUUUGUAUCAUCAUGGUGCUCAGCAAAGGUGCAGAGUUCCUCCUCCGAAUUGGAGCCGUCUGCUUUGGCCUCUCAGGCCUGCUGCUGCUGGUCAGCGUGGAGGUGUUCCGGCAUUCCAUAGAAGAGCUGCUGCAGAGGGUCAUCCCUGAGGCCCCCCCAGCCCCAGCCCUGAUCCAUGAGUACUCCUGGUCUCUGGGCUGUGCUGUGGGGGCCGGCCUGGUGCUACUGCUGGGGGGUGGUUGCUUUCUGCUGCUCGCCCUGCCUCCCUGGGGCUCUCUCUGCCCCAAGCGGGAGCCCAGAGUCACUUAGAACCACAGCAGUGCUUUCUCUAAGCGCCUUCCAGAACCAUCUUCUUUCUCCGUUGUUCCCCGUGAGAUCUUUUGCCCCACAUGUGGAGACACUCUUCUCCCUGCUCGGAACCCCUCCUCUUGUCUCCUGGCCCUUCCCCUCUAUAAAUAUGUUUUCCUCGGUGGCUAAAGGUGGGUUGCUCAGUGGUGUUGGUGGAGGUGGGAGGGACAAGGAGAUUUGCUUUUUCAUAAAUGAGGAUCCCCAGGAAAGGCUGGCAGGGACCUGAUGGGUUA